GGAAUGUUGAUACAUUGUUGUUGUUUUGUAGUUAAUUUAGUUCAGGGAAACAUUUCGCUUCGGUUGCAGGACGCGAGGCAAAGCUCGACCUGUUGAUUCCAGGACACUUCUCAGGCAUCCUGCGCAUCCCAGACACAGAUUCCCCGUUCACGAGACAGAUUUUUGAGGAGUUCUGACUAGCUGCUUGUAUGCAGGGUAUGACGACUCAUUUUAAAGCGGGCAAAGCUUUAAAGGUCAAGAAGGAGGCGGGUGAGAAUGCCCCAGCGCUCAGUGACGACGAGCUGGUGGCCAUGUCGGUGCGGGAGCUCAACCAGCACCUGCGCGGGUUGACCAAGGAAGACGUGGUCCGGCUGAAGCAGCGCCGGCGCACGCUGAAGAACCGCGGUUACGCUGCCAGCUGCCGCAUCAAACGCGUCACGCAGAAAGAGGAGCUGGAACGGCAAAAAACAGAGCUGCAACAAGAAGUGGACAAACUGGCUCGUGAAAACGCCAGCAUGCGUCUGGAGCUGGACGCGCUUCGUGCCAAGUACGAGGCCCUGCAGUGCUUCGCCCGGACUGUCACCCGCGGGCCUCCCGGUAAGGUGGCCACCACCAGCGUCAUCACUAUCGUCAAGUCUGCCAAUCACAGCCCAAGCUCCGCCCCGUUUUCGGCGCCCUCGUAGUGCUGAUUGACAGCGCCUGCCCAGCUCCUCCUGGUCCAAUCCGGCUCUGAACCUAGACUGGCCCUCGGGCCCGCGGGGGAAGGCGGAGGCCUUAAUCUUUGCGUGACUACAACAGGCUGCAUCUAUUUUUUUUUUCCACUUCUCUUUCUUUUUACACACUCACAAACACACAUGCAUACAAACACACAUCUAUAUUGUCUGUGCACUGUGCUAUAACCUCCGGCACCGGCAGGGCACAUCGACCGCUCUUUCAACUUCACCACACGCUAAGACUUAGCAGAGAUGAGCACUUGAGUUAAAGUGUGAGAUGUACUUGACUUAACCUGCCGUGGCAGCACUGGUUCGACAGCUAUAAUGCCCGUUACUCAUUGCAUAGGCGCCUGAAAGGAAUAUAUAUAAUGUAUCAUUAUAGGACAUAAUUAUUAUGCAUAUUAAUAUUGUAACCAUAGACUACUGUUCAAAAGUUUGGGAUCAGGGCACAGGACAAUAUUUGGCUGAGAUACAGCUAUUUGAAAAUCUGGAAUCUGAGGGUGAAAAGAAAUAUUAAUAUGUUAAAUAUUAUAAAAUACUACGAAAAAAGCCUUAAAACUGUCUAAAUUAAGUUCUUACCUAUGCAUAUUACUAAUCAAAAAUUAGUUUUUUGACAUGUUUAUGUUACAAAUAAACCCGUGCUACUUAUGACUGCUUUUGGGCUCCAGGGUCACACUGAUCACGCUUCACAGUAAAGACAGUAUUCAUCGAACGAAUCUUGAAAUUAAUGGUUUCCACAAAAAAUAUUAAUAAUAUUAUAAACUGUUUGCUACACUGAUAAUUGUAAGCAGCAAAUGAAAGAUUUCUGAAGGAUCACGUGACACCGAAGAAAAAUUUUCAGCUUUGAAAUGUUAAUAAUGUUUCACCGUGUGAACGUUUUACAGUAUUUUAAGCCAAAUAGAUCAGGUCAAACAGGCUUGGCAAGCAAAGUCAUAAUUAUUACGCGACCCCAAACUUUUGAACAGGAACGUUUUUUUUUGUGAUGUCAUCUUGCGUCAUGAAAUACGUUGGCAUAAAAUCAUAAACCGUAACUAAAAGACCGGCAGUUCUGAUCCUGGUCAAAAAUCAGGUGUGACAGACACAGUCCAAAGUUGAGAAUGACGUUAUCGAUAUCAAGGGCAAAUUCUUAUCCUGAAGCGUUACAUUACUGAUAAACAGUGCAAACCAUCCAAUGGGAAAUGAGCCAAUCCUCUUAGUCAGCAGUUUAAACAUAGGAAUCCCAAAUGGGAAAACGGCACUUAUUUUAACUGUUGAGUUACAGUAUAAUACUAUGAAGCACUUGCAAAGCAGACUGACAUGUGAAUAUUCAAGAUUGAAAUUACAGAGUAACUGAGUUUCUAGAAAAGGGCACUUCAUGGAGGUUUUUUUUUAUUAUUAUUGUUGUAUUUGUUUUAUGAGAGGUUAGUUAGCAUAAAGUUAAUUAUCCUCAAAGUGUAACGUGUUGAUGAUAACAUCCGAGCGGCACAUCUGUGUUGUCCGUUAUCUCAAAGAUAUGCAGUUUUUCCUGACCUGUCUCUCUAUACGACACCAUAAAAUGGUAGGUAAUCCAUAUUGGAUUUUGCGAUAACAGGAGCUGUCUUGGCAAAAACAGAAAAAAUGCGGUUCAGUUAUAACCUGUAUAUUACAGAACUGAGUUAAAGCUUAAAAAGAAAAAAAAAAAAAAAUCACGUCGAAGUUAAGCUCCCAGCUUCGUAUAGAAAAUUCCGUCCGCUCAGAAAGCAUUCCUACUGCUAAGUCACAAAAGGUGCCACUGCCGGUGUUGGUAACCCUGAUUAAAAUGUACAUAAAAUGCAAAUAUUUGAUAUUUCGACACAGACACUUUGGCUAAGGAGAAUCCUGGUGUCCUAAAACUGGUUCAAAGCCUUAAACAUUAACGCACCGUCUGUAUUUGGUAAACCUAAUCAUUAAACUGAAGGAGGCUGAAAUCAGGAUUGUCUCUUACCUAAGUGGCUAUGACUGUUCGUUUGAGCCCUUCCACCACUGCAGGAAGCAUUAGAGAGGUGUCGUGCUGCUGGGAAGCCCACUGUUUGCCCCACAUCUCUGGGGUCCUGUUGUGCUCUUCGUACUUUUAUAUCUCCACAAGUGUUUUAUACGUUUCUUUAUCCCCAAACAUAAUCUAGAUCUGAUGUUUCCCAUUGAUUCUAUAGUUUUUAUGUAUCCAGGACAUGAAAUGCCUUCAAGAGUGGUGUGAUUGUUGUACUUUUUUUUUUUUUAAUAAUUAGUGGUUUAUUUAACUGAUUUUAGUUUAGAUGUCCAAUAGAAGAAAGCCCCACUCUCAGUUCCUUUAAGUCAGUACAUAAACUCCACACGCUAUUAGUUUUUUGGUGAAUGGUAGUGUUCGUAUGAUAUCGUGGAUCUUUAUUUAAAGAGUGCAUAUUUUAAGAACACACAGUUUCAGUAUUCAUCAUUUAUUUGCCAUUGUUUUUUGGUCCUGCAGUCAGCAUUUCAAACCUUUUUGUUUGCGAGAGCAAGUUGUGCAGUUCUUUUAAAUGUGACCACAGCUCUGGUUGGCAGAUCCUCUUUUCUGGACUUAUUGGUUUUUAAAUUGCUGUCUAUACUUUCCCUUUAGGCCACAAAAACCUAUUUAGAGUAAAAAAAAAAAACUAAACAGGAAUUUUCCAUUCGACACGUUGUGGCCAAUUUCUGUUGUUCCUCUAAGACUUAAUACAUGACAUAAUAUUAUAAUUUACUUCCCUUCGUAGGAAGUGCAAUGUGUCACUUCUUCUUUAUGGAAUUACAGUGACUGAGAAUACAACUAUACUUUUUUUUUUUUUUUUUUUUUUUAAAGAGGAAUUGACGAAACAGCUAUUUCUGUGCUUUACACUGACAUCUGGUGGUGAUUUGUAUGUCUCUGUUUUUCAAAAUGCUGUGAUCAAAUGCUGAUGACACCAAGAGCUAUCAUUUCUUGGACUAUUUGAGGCAUUGCUGUGUUUGCUUUACUGUGUUCAUUUCAGCUGCCACCAAAGCCAUAACCCGCCUGUGCGCUUUUUUUUUUUUUUUUUUUUUUUUUUAAAUUCACUUAAUUUCUGUUAUUUUAAUAUUUUUAUUGCGAGUUAAAUAAAACUACACCCUUUAGUAACUGAACUGUAAUGCCAGACUAAUAAGAACCGAACAUGCCCUCGCAGAACUAUUUUAGAAUUUUACAGGGAUGCCAGUGUUUUUAGCCAGUUUCUUUGUAGUCGUUUCUGUAGAUUUAACAACAAAAUGAGUAAUGACAGAGGCAUUACAGGUCAUCUUGUGACUGAGGCCUGUAGACAUUUCCCUAUUUUCAAGCAGUUUUGUGCAGUAAACGUUCCUUUUUAAACACAGUUAGACGGUGAAAAUGGUCUUUAAACUAAGUGGGUACUUUUUCCUGUCUCUUUUUAUAAAUUCUCUGUAUGCUGUAUGUGGCCUUUUGGGCUGAAUAGGAUAAAUUAUUCUAUAUUUUACAUAUGAAUAUAUCUAUUUUUCAAAGUAUAUUAUAUGUGCUCAGUCAGUCCUUAAAAGCUAUUUACCAUGAACGCACAUAGGAAUUUUAACCAAUGCUCUUUAAAACACACUUGCCUAUAAAAAUCUUAGAGAAACUCCAUGACAUAUAAAGUAUGCUGCUCCAAAUUAUUACUUUAUAUUUGUCAAUGUUAAGAUGAAACUGUAAGGUAUUGGGGGAAGUAGUCAUGUUAUUUGUAGUUAAAAAUAGUGCCUUUAACAUUGAGCUCGUCAUCAUUUAAGUACUGUAUGAAUGGGUGUGGUUGUUUGUAAAAUCAUAUUUCCAUGUGCAACCACGCUGAACAGAUUUGCCUGUUUGAUAGGUCUCGUAGGCGUAAUUGUUGUGCUAUGCAUAAAAUAGCGAUUGUAAAUGCGGGCACCACGAAAGGCAGCAAAAAAAAUAGGCUUAGAUUGAGCAUAUUCAUGAUUCUCAAUAAUCUGCUUGUAUCACAUUGAUCUUUGGUAUUUAUUUUGUUUUGUUUUUUUUAUUUUCAACAUCUAAAUUAUUUUAUUUACAUUCUUCCGUUUUCUUUUUAAAUGAACUACCCUCGUGUACAAAUGAAAACGUUUUUUCCAUUCUGGCUAAAUUUGAGGUGGUAAAUUAUUCCUGUACAAAGUCUGCAGUGUUUGUUUUGUACUUUUAAAUAAAGCUUUUCUCAUGUAA